UUGCGGGAAGAGGUCCCCGCUCGUGCUCCUCGGUCACUGGAUUGUUGGCACAAGUUCCAUCCAGAGAAUAUGAUGGCUCGCGCCCUCUACCAAAACGAGGGUAGAGGGUAGAGGGUGAAGGACUACUGGGUGGUGAGUGCCACCACUUGGGGGAUGCAAGAAUAGGAGGGUGAAAAUGGAUCGAAUUUACUGAGGGAAAGUACGAGAGUGGAUUUUUUCUCGAGGAUGGGACACGCGACCAUGUCAGAUCCUGCCCAAAGUCCCUCGCGUUCAGACGUGCCUUACGGAGUCAGGUCUUUGGAUCACGUCAGCACCGUUUUCUUCAAAGUCCCUGAGGACCUGAACUCUUCAUCAAUACCUUUCGAGUCCCUCGACUACCCUUGACCUUGGCGAUGAACGGGUUGAAACGAUCUAUGAGUCCGUGCAGUGAUAUGGACGAUUACUCCGAAGAUGGUCGUGACAACUGCACUGUGACCGGAAGUGAUAUGCACGGUCACACCUCCACUCGGAAGCGCAGGCGUGGCGUGAUCGAGAAGAGACGCCGGGAUCGGAUCAACAACUCCCUCAACGACCUGAAGCGAUUGGUUCCCACGGCCCUGGAGAAAUCAGGCUCGGCCAAAUUGGAAAAAGCAGAGAUUCUUCAAAUGACCGUCGAGCAUUUGAAGAUGGUCUCAAGUAAGGGAUUCACCGAUCUAAACUACGACCCUCAUCGAUUCGCCAUGGACUAUCAUAACAUUGGAUUUCGAGAAUGUGCAGCCGAAGUGGCUCGAUAUUUGGUAGCCGUGGAGGGUAUGGACGUGCAAGAUCCACUCAGAAUCCGAUUGAUGUCCCAUUUGCAAAUGUUCGCGGCGCAAAAAGACUUUGGUCGUGCCCACGCUUCCGCCACUCCCUCGUACAUGGGAGCUCAAAGCAACACUUGGUCGGGUUACUCCACCCCAUCCAACGCUUAUCAACACCACCAACACCAGCAUCAUCACGUAGCUACCCCACCCUCGUUUGAGACGGUCAAAACUACCACGCCCCUGAACGAAACGCCCAUUCUGGACCCCAGUACGGGUUAUUACGCGCUCUCGAACUCCACGCGUCUCAAUUCGUCGACCCCGACCACCUCGGAAAAUCCCUACAUGGAUAACUCGCAUUCAUCUUCGCUCAUGUCCACACCCGGUAGUGGCGGACAUUUUUCGUCUCAAUUCUCGUUUUCCACGGCUUCCGGCCAUCACUCGUCCUAUUCGAGUCCGCCCAUCGCUUCCACCGCCCAACCCACCGAGCUUUCACUGAGCACUCACAACAGCCAUGGACAAAAGCAGCCGCCAUACCGCCCUUGGGGGGCACCCGAGAUGGCGUGCUAGCGCUAACGUAACCUAACCCUAUCGCAUCAGCCAUGGAUUCUAUUUUUUGUGCCAUAACUUCGUCAACCUCAAAACUGACCCAUCAUGAUCAUCAUCAUCAUCAUCAUCAUCAUCGUCUUGUGAU